AUGGAAGAAAACAAUUCGCUCGUCUACGGACUGGAGUUUCAGGCGAGAGCUCUUGCAUCGCAACAAGCAGAAAGCAACGAUGUGCGAUUUUUCGUUGCCACGCAAAGCCUCAAACCUAACAACCAGCUGCAUGUAGUGGAUCUGACCGAAGACAGCUCUGCGUUGCAGUCACGCAUCUUUUCCCAUCCACUUGGGGAAGUAUGGAGACUAAGUGCAAGUGCACACGAUCCGCUCCUACUGGCCAGCUGUUACAGCCUGCUAAAAGGAACGCAGGUCAUAAUGCAGACGGCGCUCUUGACGCUUCCGGAAUCGCUCGAUUCGAAGGACGGUGACCAGGAGUUCCUUACGUUCCAGAACGUGGAAGUCCUCGGGACCGAGGGCUUCGGGACGGAAAUUCGUACUACCGAAUUCCACCCAACUGACAGCAAUCAGCUUGCGUGCGUAGUGGAUGGAAAGGUCGUACUUUUUAAUCGAACCGAAUCGGCCACGCGCGUAGUCGCUGAAAUAACUGCUAAAAACGUGCCCAAAUUCACAACCGGCCGCUGGUCACACUUCCACCAAGGAAACCAGUUUAUAACCCUUCAUGACUGUAGCGUAAGAUCGUACGAUGUGCGAGAUCCGAACCACGUGGUAUGGAGUAUCGAUGAGGCGCACAGCCAACUAGUGCGAGAUCUGGAUUGCAAUCCAAACAAGCAGUGCCAUAUCGUAACCGGCGGUGAUGAUGGCUUGCUGAAGGUAUGGGAUUUUCGUAACACGAAAGAGCACGUAUUUGCACGUAGCGAUCACCAUCACUGGAUAUGGAGCGUGCGGUUCAACACCUAUCACGACCAGCUCAUUCUAUCUAGUGGCAGCGAUGGGAAGGUGUUGUUAACCUGUGCCGGCAGCGUCAGUUCCGAGGCACCGGAAGCUGGCACUGGCGACACGGCCGAACCGAUCAUCGGGGGCGAAACGAGGGAGCAUCUGGCGGAUGGAUUGCUGCAGACGUUCGAUCAGCACGAGGAUUCGGUUUACGGUGUCGAAUGGAGCACGGCCGAUCCAUGGAUGUUCGCAUCCCUGAGCUACGACGGUCGGAUGAUAAUCUCGAAGGUCCCGAAACAGUACAAAUAUCAGAUACUGUUGUAAGCAGAUAGACGCAUGCGACUAAAGGCCACUAUGAAUCAUUCCCUAAUUUAUUGCCAUUGUACGAUGGCAUUCAGAGAGCAAAGUCACAAGAUAUUGGAAUAAAACGCUCUAUAUCAAUCUCCCGAUUGCGUUGCACGUGACGUCACUAUUUCAUCCUCCUGCAGGUCUUGUCAUCGUACUUUAAACUAUUGUGUUAGUAUCGAGCAGGUGAAACUGUGAAACAUCUUCCUUUUUUGGAAUGAAUUUGAUAUCCUCGUGAGACGCACUAACUACCGAUUAGUUUCCCGCUUUCUCAUUGCCAGAUUGUGGACAUUGAAAGUUAAAUAAAAAC